AUGUUUUCUGAGUGCUGCCAGCCGUGCGCUCCCUGUGAGGGCGAGCAGGGCUCUGGAGCGGCUCUUCAAGCGCAACAGACUCAAGGAAGCCGCCUCGUGUCUGGAGUUGUUGCCACCCAAGGAGAAGCUCGGAUUCUCGAGCCUCUUGUCCAGGAACGAGUUGUCGAGGUGCUGAAGGAGGAAAUCCAGGAACGAGUCAUUGAAGUCCCUCAAGUGCAGUAUGUCGACAGAAUCGUCGAGGUGCCGCAACACGUUGUGCACGAGAAGGUGACACAUGUCGCCAAGCCCAUCAUCCAAGAACGCGUCAGACACGUCAACAAGCCCGUGUACCAGCAAAAAAUUAUCGAGGUGCCUCAAGUUAAGGUUGUUGACAAAAUCGUCGAAGUCCCUCAAUAUGUCUACCAAGAGAAAAUCAUCGAGGUUCCACGCGUCGUGGUGCAAGAACGCGUUAUUCCUGUCCCGCGCAAAGUUGUAAAGGAAAAGAUUGUCGAAAUCAGCCAAGUGGACUACCGCGACGUUGUGAUUGAGAAACCGUUGGAGGCGGUCCAGGUCAUUCAGGAGGAAGAGGUCGUCGAGGUGCCGAAGCCGGUGGUCAUGGAGAAAGUCGUUGAUGUGGAGAAGGUCGUCGAAGUCCCCCACAUCCAACACACUUACCGCAAUGUUAUGACCCCGCAGUACCGUCACAUUCCCAAGCCGGUCGAAGUGCCCAUGACCCACUACCGCCCGAUUCCGGUUGAGAAGAUCGUUGACCGUAAUGUUCCCGUCCCUGUCGAACUCCAAAUUGUCCAGGAAUAUCUUUGCCCCAAGAUCGAGCCCCGCUACAAGGAGGUGCCUGUCCCUGUCCACGUGCAGCGCACCAUUGAACACCCCGUUCCCAAGGAAGCUAUGGGUAACCCCAAACUCCUUCCUUUGUACUACCAGGGCAGCCAGGAAGGCGUGGAAGGCAUUGUCACGCCAGGCCAUCCUUGCUAUUCGUUGUCGGCGUGCUGCAUGCCCCGACGUGAGCAACAACCUGUUGAGGGAUGGGACGGCGGUGCACCCCCUGCUGGCUGGGCAGGCUGGUCGAAAGAUCAUAUCCCCACCUCGCUUCGAUCUGAUCAGCAUCCGAGCGGCGCAAUCACUCCUGUGAGUGCUGGUGGUGCCGUUGGAUCUGCGCCUCCGUCUCCAGCGCCUAACGCCGAGGCCAUUCAAGCUCAGCAGGCCGCAAUGGCGCAGGCGUCGCAGCAUCCAGCCGGUGGCGAAGGACCAUACGUACAAGUGUCUGUCACGCCUCUUGCUCCUGGACAGCAGAGCCAAGUCAACAUUAAUUGA